CGACAUAAUCACGCGUCGCAGACACUCUGACAUACCGCCAACCCUUGUCCAGCAGCGCGCUAGUGAAGCUUCUUUGGAACAUAGAACUUUGAUUGAUCCCAAGCACCGUGAAGUCCACUUUGCGAACUAUGAACAUGUCCUUCCUUUAUGACUCUGACCAUAUCGGAUCUGACGACAUGGAUGGCGUUCUUGAGAUGUCACUCUUAGAACACCAGAAUGCAGACGCGAACGUUCGCGCUGCGGGCUCAUCCGAUGCACUUCCACAGUUUUCGUGCCGAGGUGACCUGGACCUUGACGCUCGCGUGUCUGCGCUGGACGCGGAAAUACGAAGCAUUGACGAUCAGAUCGAAAAACUGAAAGAGUGUCGUCGGGAUCUUGUCGUAGAAAAAGAUGACUUGAUACGGCGGCGGCAGGACUCAUUACAAACUGUGUCCUCCAGUGCUGCAGCAUAUGGCCGUGAUGGCAAGGGCAAGGGCAGUGCCAUCGGAACCAUCGAUUAUACUAUCGAAUUCAAGUGGGGCCCGCAAUUGAAAGGAACGAUGAAGAAAGUAUUUGGGAUCAGUGCUUUUCGCUUGUGCCAGCAGGGGGUUUGCAAUGCAAACAUGGAUGGACGCGACACAGUUUGCGUAAUGCCAACAGGGGGAGGCAAAUCUCUUACAUAUCAACUCCCCGCACUGCUCACCCCUGGGUGCACUUUGGUCAUUUCUCCUCUUAUUUCGCUCAUAACAGAUCAGAUUCUACACCUAAGGGAGGCCGGAGUGGAGGCGGUGAUGCUUACCGGAGGAACUUCGAGGGCGGAGGCUAAUGAAAUCCAACAGCGCCUGUCAGCCAUGGCUUCCUCACGGGGUCGGGACCGAGAAAUAAAAUUAUGUUACGUCACACCAGAGAAGAUCUCUAAAAAUAAGGGAUUCUUGUCUCUAUUAGGCAAACUCGUCGAAGGCGGAAAGCUGGCUCGCAUUGUCAUCGACGAGGCACAUUGUGUUUCACAACUUGGUCAUGACUUCAGGCCAGACUACAAGAAGCUCAGCGCACUUCGCCAAUUCUUUCCUCAUGUACCAUUAUUGGCAUUGUCUGCGACUUGUCCACCAAAGGUGUUGCAGGACAUCUUGAAAAUUCUUCACAUGAAACCUGUAGUUGAAGGAAAGGCAGCCUCUCCGCGGGAUGGAACGAUAUACUUCUCGGCUCCACUUUAUCGCAAAAAUCUACACUACUCAGUGCUUCCAAAGCCACACUCUGCAAAGGAGGCCAUAUCAGUUAUGUCGGAUUAUAUUUUGAAUAAUCACGAGAAUGACUCGGGAAUUGUGUAUUGCCUUACUAAGAAGGAUGCCGAAAGCGUUGCUGAAAACUUACAGGGAUGGAGCAAUAAUCGUAUAAAAACUGGCGUGUAUCACUCAGAGAUUCCUGACGCACAGAAAGAGCGGAUUCACAAACGGUGGAGAGAGGGGACCGUACAAGUGGUUUGUGCUACGAUAGCAUUCGGACUAGGGAUCGACAAAGGAAAUGUCAGAUUUGUGUUGCAUCACACCAUAUCAAAAUCUCUCGAUGGUUACUACCAGGAGUCUGGACGAGCUGGACGAGAUGGACGAGACGCGGAUUGUGUACUCUAUUACAGACCUCAAGACGCCACGCGGCAGUCAUCUAUCACUUGCACGGACAAAGACAGUCAAAUGAAGCUACAUGAUAUGUUGCGUUUUGCUCAAGACAUGUCGGAAUGUCGCAAGAUACUGUUUGCAAGGUACUUUUCAGCUUCCUCCGACCUCUCCAUGGCCUCCUGGACUACACAGGAAUCAAGGGCUACAGAUCGCUGCGGCCAUUGCGACAAUUGUACACGGUCACCAGAUACCGUUGAGCAACGUGACGUUACCCUUGAGGCCUGGCAAAUCCUUAAGAUCCUUGAGACCGUUUCAGCGCAGGGGGGACGUCAGACAAUAGCCGGUCUCGGCGACAUAGCAAGGGGCUUGGGUGGAGGAGCGUUUGAGGCCAGUAGUAAGCGUCGAAAAACCAAGGAGAAGCUACAAUUCGACUACGAGGCCAUUUCAGGAGGGAAGGUUGAACUUUCGAAGGACCACAUCGAAACGUUGAUCGUGCACCUACUUGUUUCAGGAUACCUAAGAGAGGACUUCUCCUCCACCGCAUACUCGGUCAAUGUGUACGUCACUCCGGCACCACUAGCGAUCAGGCUCACGCGGCAUACGCGCGCUGAGAUCGUGACUGGUAAGGGGCCGAAAAUCUGCUGUUCCUUCAGACGAGCACAUCGUCGAAGCAAGGGUGCUACCGUGGCUACGAUAAAUGCGGCACCAACAACUGUGCAAGAAAUAGUUGACGGCAGUGAUUCAGAAGAUGAGGCCAUUGCCGGACCUUCGAGUUCCUGCUUACCAAGGCACAGCCUCCGAACGAAAAAUAAACGAUCUCGUCAAGAAUUGGACGAGCCAGAAGGAUCCGAGGGCAGCGAAGAUUUUACAGAGGAAAUACUGAUGAUAGAUGGUGAUUCAUCGGACAAUGGAAGCGAUGACGUUGAAGGUCAGGACUGGGAGUACUCGAUAAGGCCGACGCGGAGACGGGCGGUCGCGGAGAAGCGGAGGACCACUCUAAGAGAUAAGAAGACGAGAACGUAUUCGGAUAUAAUAUCCCUUUCGUCUGACGGAUGAAUGUACCAUCCCCUAGACAAAUUUCGGACAGUUCUAUAUCUACCAGUGGUACCAGCC